AUGGCAUCUCUUACACCUGGUGUGCUAGUUAAACUUCUUCAGAGUAUUAAUUCCAAUAUAAAAGUUCGCGGCGAGUAUAGGUCCAGCCUGUUACAGGUAAUUAGCAUGGUGCCUGCCAUAAGUGGAUCAGAAUUGUGGCCAGAUCAUGGAUUUUUCAUAAAAGUAUCCGAUUCUUCUCAUUCGACCUAUGUAUCACUUUCGAAGAAAGACAAUGAGCUUAUCUUAAAUAAUAAGUUGCAACUUGGGCAAUUCUUCUAUGUUGAUAAGAUGGAGGGUGGAACUCCAGUUCCUAUAUUGGUCGGUGUUAGGCCUAUUCCGGGGCGACAUCCUUUCAUCGGCAAUCCCAAGGAUUUAAUGCAAAUGUUAGAGGCAUCAGGAUCAGAUAGCCCUGUUCAAGUUGAUCAGGAAGGUGUUGCCAAUUCGAAAUUGAACGAGUCGGCUGAAGCAAAAGAGGAAAGUGCAAAAAAGAAACUUGUAAUUAAAGAGGAGAAGGCAGGUGUUGCCUCUAGGUAUAUGCUCGGUGUGUUAACACCAAAUACAAAACUCAGAGAAGCAGAUCAAAACUAUGGUACAAGAAGAAAUGAGAAUGAGAAUGGCGGAGCAGCAGGCAAAAAGGUUGGACUUCUGAAAGGGAAGCAACACGAGCUUAAAAGUCAGACACGGCCAUCAAGUCCUUCCCGUACUCGUCCUGAUGCAUCAACACAAAAUUUAGAUAUAGAUGCUUUUACAACCAUGGUGGCCCGGACAUCUUCAAAAUUUCAAGCAGUGGAAUGCCCAGUCAAACAAGAAAGCAUCGGCAUGAAUUUUUUGUCAAGUAGUAGCAAUAAAAAGCAAUCUCCUGAGGCAAUAUCUUGGUCCAAAUUGCCAGCCAAUCUUCUUAAACCUGGAAAGGGAAUGAUUAGGAGGAGAAACUUAGCUUCUUUGGUACUGGCGGAAGCUCAAAAAGAAGCAAUUGCAGCAGAAAAUCUUGUGAAGUGCCUAAGGCAAGUUUAG